UAUCUUGGCUUUCCCGUGCCGAUGUGAUCCAGAUCACUUUCUAGGAUCCUCUCUUAUUUAGACUAUUUCCUCUCAAUUCUUCACCGUCUUCCAUUUCUCGUAUCCCUUCCCGUGACUCGAAACACUCAGCUGUAUUUUUUUAUAUCUUCCUAGCCUGCCCCCUCUAUUGUGCCUUGCAUCUUGCCCCAUCACUGGCUCAAAUGAUCUAGGACUUACCCCUAUCUACUGUCUUAAGACUUACCUCUUUUACUUCUCUAGUCGACAAACGAGAUUAUCGUUUUGUUUCAAGUAAAACACAGUUCAACAUCCCAAUCACACCAGUUCACCGCCGCCAUAUUCGAAAUGGCCGCUCAAACAGCCAACGAAAGCUUUAUCGACAUCACCAUUACAGCCUUCUCGUCACCCGAACCUGAUAAUCAACGAGGACGGAAACGUCGGCGUAGCCCGCCAGAAACCUUAGCAGCUGCAGCAGCUCGAUUACCGUCAGCAGAGUCUGCUACUUUCCGUGGACGAUGCAGACACCGUUCAUCUUCGAGACUCGAUAUAUCUAGAAACACAUCACGACUCAGAGGAGGGUCCCUAUCUCCAACCCGCAGAAAGCUGAUUCGCGUUGUUCAAUUGAACCGUCAUCGAAGCCAAUCACCAUCUAGAUCCCGCUCUCCGGCUACACAAGAGGCUUCGAAGAGAAGGCGACAAAGAACACAGAGUCGAGGCCGAAAUCACAAUAGCGAGUCAAAGAAAGUCACUGAACCUAUCGUCGCUUCGUUCCUUCGCCAUGAAAUUGUGAUCAGAAGUGACAGCCCGUCUCAGAAAUCGAAACAGAAUGGAUAAUUCGGUCAGGGCUUAAGUUGGGAUUCCGAAUACUACAAAUCCAACAAUAGCUACGCCUACACAAGGCAUGGCAUGGCGUUGGAACAAUGUGAUGUUGUAUUAGGUUACUACUGCCGCCGAGCAUUGUACAACAAAAGCAUUACCAUCCGACCACAAAGGGCUGGUUCGAAGGUGACAAAGUUAGGUAAUACUUUACCUCUAAUAGUAUUAAAAAGUCAGUCAUGGAAACAGGGAGCUUGCUUAACUCACCUGUAAACUAAAAGCAACAGGAUAUCGGUGCAUCAUUUAUCUAUUUGGAUGGAAAGGGGGGAGGGUAUGACAAAAAUACGGAAUGAGACCAAUAUAAAAAUCUCAUGUAUGUUAACUAAUGGUAUGUUAGGUA